UUUACAACGGAGGCUGGGCUGGUGGGGCGCGGCUGGCGGCGGCUCGUUAGGGCGGUUUGAUGGAGACGGAAACCGGAUCUGGGGCGCAGCUAUGGGGAGAGGACGAGGCAGUGGAAGCCCUCGCGGCACCCCCGGAGGAAAGGGGCGAAGGCGAAGGUCGUCCGGAGGAAGAUCUGGAAACUGCCAUGGAGGUGGAGGAGGAGGAGAAAAAGGAGGAAGGAGAAAAAGGGGGAAACGGAGAGGAAGGGGAGACCCCCCAACCUGCGCUGGACUUGGGUGACUCUGAGCACCAGGAAGAUGCAGACGUCCUGAGGCUAGACACAGGCGACGAAAGUGCUGACAGUGGAGGAGGAGGCAGCUGCAGCAGUGAUGGGGAUGGAGACAAGCCGGGAACAGCACUGCAGCGGCUGGGGUCAGAAGGGGACGUUCCUUUCCCAGAUACCUUCCAGACGAACAAUCUCCUGUUCUACGAGCGAUUCAAGGCCUACCAGGACUACAUGUUGGCUGACUGCAAAGCCUCGGAGGUGAAAGAAUUCACAGCAGAGUAUUUGGAAAAGGUCCUCGAGCCAUUCGGGUGGCAGGCGAUCUGGCGCACCGACGUGUUCGAAGUUCUGGUCGAGGUGGUCGAUGUGGAGUACUCGACUCUGAAGGCCGUGGUCCGACUCAGCGACCCUUUCUUGUGUGAGCCCCAAGGGGCCACCUUCACUUUGGGGUUUAUGCAGGAAUUGCUGGCCCUGAAGGGGAAUCAGCUGCUGUUGCAGGAGUUGUGGGUCGCAUUUGACGAAUCCGGGGAGUUUGACCAGACAGCCCUCGCCAUUGAGCACGUCAGAUUUUUCUACAAGCAUGUUUGGCGGAGCUGGGAUGAAGAGGACGACGACGACUUUGAUUACUUCGUUCGGUGCGUGGAACCUCGCCUCCGGCUGUAUUAUGACAUCUUGGAAAACCGUGUCUCUUCCGCGCUCGUCGCAGACUACCACAACCUUCUGUCCCAGUGCGAGGAGCUUUACCGCAAGUUCCUGAACAUCAGAAACAGCCUCUCGGGCAGCGAUUCUGACUCCGAAGCAGAAAAUGUCUCCGUGGUGGAAGGGGUGAAGCUCUACGACAGGAUAGAGCACUUGAAACAAAAGCUGAAGCUGAUAGAAAAUCCUCUCUUGAGGUACGUAUUUGGCUAUCAAAAGCACGCUCGUCUUCAAGCAAAGGGGAUUCGGCCGGCCGGCACCACGAUCACCCACGUGGUAUCUGCUACCGUGACGUCCAACAUCUUGGCUUGUCUUCUCAGAGACAAGCUUUCUCCAGCUUCUUGUAAUGAAGAGAUAGAAAUACAGUUCCACAGUGAUCCACUCUCUGCUAUGAAUGCUUGCUAUGAAGGAGACAGGAUCAUAAUUUGUCCAGGUCAUUAUUCAGUAGAGGGAGCGUUGUACGUCGCGGAUUCGAUUGAACUGGAAGGCUACGGCUUCCCGGAUGACGUCGUGAUAGAAAAACGAGGGAAAGGAGACGCUUUUGUUGAAUGUGCGGGAGCUGACGUGAAAAUCUCCAACUUGAAGCUAAUCCAGCAUGAUGCGAUAGAAGGCAUCUUAAGCGUUCAUCAAGGGAAAACCAAGCUUGAGAACUGCGUCUUGCAGUGUGAGACGACAGGUGUCGCUGUCCGCAAGUCCGCUGAGCUGUUCAUGAAGAAUUCAGAUUUGUAUGGUGCUAAGGGUGCUGGUGUAGAAAUUUAUCCGGGCAGCACGUGUACCUUGAUGGGAAAUGGCAUCCAUCACUGCAAAGAGGGAAUCCUCAUAAAAGACUUCCUGGAUGAACAUUAUGAGGUUCCCAAGAUCACUCUGGUGAGCAAUGUAAUUCAUAAUAACGAAGGGUACGGCGUCGUCUUGGUGAAACCUGCCAUCUCAUGUGAUGCCACAGAAGCAACUUUAGCGAGCUUGGAAGGAAAGAUCACAGAUAUCCCGUCCUCUGGGGAAGUUCUCUGCACAGUGGGCGAAGAAGUACCCGAACGGGCGAGUGGUGAAUUAGACCCCUAUGGAAGAAUGGAUGCCGCCAAGCACACGGAGGGCAAUUCAGAAAUCACAAACGAACUUUCAGCUGCAUCUCUGAAGAAGAAGCAGUUGCGCAAGAAACGGCUGAGUAUCCUGGGCAUCACGGAGGCAGACAACGACUUGAUGUCUCAGGAAAUGUUUGUGUCCAUCGCGGGCAACCAGUUCAGGCGAAAUGGGAAAGGCAGCUUCGGAACGUUCCUUUACUGACUUCCAGGAGUGGCGGUGAGGACAUCUGUCCGACUCCAGAAUAUUUCAAACCAUCCAGCACCCCUCUGUCUUUUCAUUUGAUGCCUUUUAUGCUUCAGUGUGAUCCUGGCGUAUUUGUUUCUGGUUUUUAACCACACACACAUCCUUUGCACAAAUGAAACCUUGUAUUCUCGGCAGCGGGUUUAGAGCCCUUCACUCGAGAAAAACAACAAAACUUUGUUCCCUGACAGUUCUUUGAUAAGCGCCUUCUCUUUUGUUCCGUUCAUCACUUGUUUUAUUAUAGUAUUUAUCUCUAAUAUAUCACACCCCUUUUUAAUAAAAAAAAACAAAGCCCUAGGCAUUGCUAGAAAAGGGGGAAUUAUGUAGGGUUGUUUUUUUUAUCUCUCAACCACAACUCAAAGGUCAUGUGUGUUUCCCAUGUAAUGAUAGUGUUCUAAUUUCAGCUGUGUUUAAAUAAAACAUGUAGGAAAUGA